AUGUGGCACUAAACAUGUGAAUCCCCCCACCGCCACCCCAUAAGACUCUCUCUCUCUCUCUCUCUCUCACACACACACACACACUGACACACAGUUGUACAUAUAUAACCCCACAUCUCAGACAAGUUGUCUGCAUUACUCAUCUUUACCUUCAACCUUUUGCUGCAAAAUCCCAAAUGGGUUUUGGACUCCAAGCCUUGUCAACUCUGUUUCUUCAAGCCUUGUCAUUUCUGUUGAUUGUGUCUCUGUUUUUCCAAGAAGCUAGAACAGAGCUAGUACAUAAUAAUGGGACUGGUUUGAGAGGAAGAGAGAUAUUGAGUGGUUGCAAUUUGUUUCAAGGCCAAUGGGUAGUUGAUCCUUCAUAUCCUCUGUAUGAUUCUUCAAGGUGCCCAUUCAUAGACCCUGAGUUUGAUUGCCUAAAGUAUGGCCGCCCUGAUAAGCAGUACCUCAAGUACUCUUGGAAACCUGACUCUUGCAACUUACCCAGGUUUAAUGGCAUGGAGUUUCUGAGGACAUGGAGGGGGAAGAAAAUAAUGUUUGUGGGUGACUCACUGAGUUUGAACCAGUGGCAGUCUUUGGCUUGUAUGAUUCAUGCGUCGGUGCCAAAUACAAGGACUAAAUUUGACAGGCAGGACACACUCUCUUCUGUGACCUUUGAGGACUAUGGAGUAACGUUAUUUUUGUAUCACACAACCUAUUUAGUAGAUAUAGUACGAGAAAAUAUUGGACGAGUAUUGAAAUUGAACUCCAUCCAAGCCGGCAAUGCAUGGAAAGGAAUGGACAUGUUAAUAUUCAACACGUGGCAUUGGUGGACCCACAAAGGAAAAUCUCAACCAUGGGAUUACGUGCAAGAUGGGUCCACCAUAUCCAAGGAUAUGGACCGCUUGAUUGCAUUUUACAAAGGUUUGACAACAUGGGCAAGAUGGGUUGAUUUCAAUGUUGAUCCUUCCAAAACCAAAGUAUUCUUUCAGGGGAUUUCUCCGACCCAUUACGAAGGCAAGGAAUGGAGUUCAUCAAAAAAGGACUGCUAUGGAGAGCUACAACCCCUAUCAGGGUCAACUUACCCGGCAGGCGAGCCAGCGGCAGCUAUUGUUGUUGGCAAAGUACUGAGUAGGAUAAAAAAACCUGUUUACCUUCUUGACAUCACGACACUCUCACAGUUGAGGAAAGAUGCACACCCAUCGACUUACGGUGGUACGCAUUCAGGUGUAGACUGUAGCCAUUGGUGCCUCGCUGGACUGCCUGAUACUUGGAACCAGCUCCUCUAUGCAGCUCUCCUAAUGAUCCAUGUUCCAAGAAGCUCAAUGGGACAUGCAAUGAAAGGUUGUAUGUGUUGGAUGAGCUGCAUGUUCCUGAUAUUGUUGCUUUUGCCGUUGAUUUAUCUUCUUUUCAUUUAAGUUCAUAAUUUUUUAGUCUUUAUUUGUGGCAUUUUCGUCUUGGUCAUGUUUCUCAUUUUUGUUUGAAGUUUUUUAGUCUUUAAAUUACCCCACUUUGAAUUACCCUCUUUUCAAGAUUUUUUUUUCCGACAAACACACAAAUGAAACAUG